UCAUCUUUCGCAGAGCCUCCCUCACUUCAUCUUAUUUGAUCAUUUCGCUUUUCCUCUCUCUCACACAGCGCACACAGUCACAAAAUCCAUUGUUUUGCUAGUUUGGCCCCCCAACCCUUGUCCCUCCUCUCUUUCCCCAAUUCUCGCUCAUUUGUCUCCUCUCUGUAUAGUUCAUUAUCAUCAUUAUUUUCAGUCUUUAGAUUCGUUCAUUUGCGAUUAUAAUCAUUUUUGGUGCUUACUCCGUCUUCAUUUUGAUCGGCUGUAUUCCCUAUUUUGAUCAGUGAGAUCAAUGACUAGUGAUUUGCAGUUCGUGAUUUAGGGUUUCGUCUUUCCGGCGGUGUAGUUCGAGCAACUUGACCGAUAACUUUUUGCUUAUUUAUUGAUUCAAUUGAGUGAAAGCCGGCUUGGGCACUCUCUUUUUGCAUUAUUUUUGGACGUUUCUCGGCUUCGAUUCGGGUUUUUUUUUCCUUAAAUCCCGAUUAAGGCGUAGUCGACUAAUUCCUGGGGUUCUAGUGAUUUUUUUUUUGGAAUUUGGGUUUUCUUAAUCCGGCCAGUUGCCAUGGAUCAUGUCGUGGGUGAAAAAUUUAAGCUUGGUAAGAAAAUUGGAUGCGGUUCAUUUGGUGAACUCUUUUUAGGCGUGAACAUUCAGAGUGGAGAAGAAGUAGCUGUCAAGCUGGAGCCAGUGAAGACCAAGCAUCCUCAGCUUCACUAUGAAUCAAAAAUUUAUAUGCUUCUCCAAGGAGGAACUGGCAUUCCCAACUUGAAAUGGUUUGGAGCUGAGGGCGAAUAUAAUAUAAUGGUGAUAGACCUCCUGGGGCCAAGUUUGGAAGAUCUUUUCAACUAUUGUAACCGAAAGUUUUCCUUGAAAACAGUGUUAAUGCUUGCGGAUCAACUUAUUAAUAGAGUCGAAUACAUGCACUCAAGAGGAUUCCUUCACCGGGAUAUAAAGCCUGAUAAUUUUUUGAUGGGCUUGGGUCGCAAGGCAAAUCAGGUUUACAUCAUUGACUUUGGUCUUGCCAAAAAGUAUAGGGAUCUUCAAGCUCAUAAACACAUACCCUAUAGGGAAAACAAGAAUCUCACUGGUACGGCUCGCUACGCCAGUGUCAAUACACAUCUUGGGGUUGAACAAAGCCGUAGGGACGAUUUGGAAUCGCUGGGUUAUGUUCUAAUGUACUUCCUGAGAGGCAGUCUCCCUUGGCAGGGGUUGAAAGCUGGCACCAAAAAGCAGAAAUAUGACAAGAUCAGUGAGAAAAAAAUGUUAACUACUAUCGAGGUGCUGUGCAAAUCAUAUCCACCAGAAUUCAUAUCGUACUUUCACUAUUGUCGGUCAUUAAGAUUUGAGGACAAGCCAAAUUACUCCUAUAUGAAGAGGCUUUUCCGAGACCUAUUUAUUCGUGAAGGUUACCAUUUUGACUAUGUGUUUGACUGGACUAUGUUGAAGUAUCCACAAAUUGGUUCAAGUUCCAGAACCAGGAAUCUCACUGUAGGGCAAGAUCUUCGGGAGAAAUUCUCAGGUGCAGUCGAAGCUUUCUCUAGAAGAAAAACUACCAAUACGGGUCAUUAUGGCGAACAGUCUAGACACAGGACAUCUGAAGAUGUACCUUCUUCAAUGAAUGUGCAACCAGAUUCAGAGAGAGGCCGCACUUUGCAAAGUGGAAGCUCUUCAAAGAGAGGAGCCAUUUCAAGCAUCAGACCAAGCUCAUCCGGGGAAGCCAUUGAUGGCAGUGCUGGAAGGUUGGUCUCGAGUGGUGGCCGUGUAUCGACGACACAAAGAAUUCAACCUGGUGCCGAUCAUAAACCAUCAGCUUUUUAUCGUGCAGCAGUUAAAGGCAGUCGCGAUGAUCCCUUGCGAAGCUUUGAGUUCCUCUCGAUCAGGAAGUAAGAUGAAUGAAAGGUAAUGCGAAGCUGGCAAAUGGCAGCCUCCUAUUUAGGGCGAUAUCUAUACUAUACCCUUGUAAAUAUGAAAUAUGUUAGUAUGUUUCUUAUGAAGGGUUAUUUUAUGCUGAUAACAAUGUGUAUGCUCAUCCAAGGAGUUCAAUGCGCGGCACCUUUUCUAUAUAUUUUCAAAAUUUAAGCUGUUUUUCAUAAUAGUUGCAGAAGAAUUGCAAAUAAUGAAAUAUGGGUUUCCAAGUA